GCUGCCUGUUUCACCCCUCUGUCUUGGUUGAAUCAUUGUCAUUGUUGGAUUAGGAUUCCUGUGUCGUUCCUGUCUUGGUCAUGUCUUCUCCAUGUUCCACUCUUCCAGAAAUGCUAACUGUUCUGCGCCACCUGCUCUCCAAGCUCGUGUCUCCACUCUGGAGGACUGUAGAUGAGGUGGAUGAAGACAGAUUUUUCUCCUGUGAACAUGGUACGGAGGAUAUUCGCCACCUGCGGGGCAGCGUGGUGACCCAGCUCUGCCAUGACUAUGGCAUGAUAGACGACGCGGUCUACUUCACCAAUGAACAGGUGCUAGGCGGGUUUCUGCUGAAAGAAGGAGACAUUGUGAACGCCACAGCAGUCAGAGAUCGUGCUGAAGGAGGAUGGAGAGCUCUGAGGGUGGAGAAGAGUGCAGAUGCCUGGGAGGAUGAGGGCAAAGCCUCCCUAGAAGCUGACACUUUGCGGUUGCAGCCUCUCAUUGGCACAGUCACAUCUUAUGAUGGAGCUGGUGGCUACAUAAACCAGACUACAUACUUCUCACGUACUUCUCCUUCUGUAGGUUACGCACCAAUGAAAGGAGACUGGGUUCACGCAAAAUAUUUCGUCAAUCCAACAGAUUGGACAACCCGGGCUCAUUCUGUUGCACCUCUACGAUAUUGUCGACUAGAUCAGGUGCCUGUGACUGGUGUUUUUGGUAACAGCGGUGUUGUAGAUGACAGUGUGUUUUUCUGCUUGGAUUCUUUGCUUCUGCCGACUCACUACCAGCCUUUGCCUGGACACAUGGUGAACCUGGUUAUGUUGGAGAGCAGUCAGGCCUUAUACAGCUGGAGAGCCCUGUGUAUGGCACCCUGUCUUGUGAGUGUGAGCUCUUUGUCUGAACGUCCAUCAGACACUAAAACUCACAUAAUCUUGGAAAACAAACAAGACCUGGAUGUGUCAGACUAUGGUCAACAGUUUGGGGAGCUGCUCAUUGGGGAAAGACGAUAUCUGGUGCUUUGGAUACAAAAUAAAGGUUCAGAGACCCACAGGCUGCUCUACUGUGACUUUGCUGGCUGGGACUCAGAGGAACAGUUCUACCUUGUUACUCUUAAGGACUCCACACUACAGAAACAGGCUUCAACAGAAAACUGCCCUGAGUCUCAGUCUGUUCUUGACUCUUUUGAAAAACAAGAAAAUAAUGACAAAGCACUGCAGAAGGCUGUUGAUGUCCCUGGGGUCCGGCGAGAGGAGAGGGAGCUUGAUAUUCAGCCUGGAGAGAGGGUGUCUGUUACGAUAGCGUGUCAAGCCAAGAGCCUUGGCAUCUGCACAGAGAUGCUUUUGCUGCACUUCUCUUCUUUUACCAUUGGGAGGCGCCUGGAAGUCACCGUGAGCACUGAGGAUGUGAAGAGCCUUCAGUCCUCUGUUCCCUACCCUCCCACUGAUGUUCAGCCAAUCUUAACACCCACUCAAGUGAUAACCAACCCUGCUCCAAAAAUUGCUCCAAGGCUGUCUAAAAGGAAGAUGCCACACUUCCUACCAAGGUUUGCAGUUCCUCAAUCUCUCAAAGACUGCAUUGAGGCCCAAGGUGAUGUGUUGGUGUUUCAGCCUCUCCUUGGAGAGGUUCUGUCGCCGUCAAACAUGCAUGCACGCUUCUCCACCCUCCUCUGGCUUGAAGAGCUGCAUGCAGAAAGGGAGCUGCGGGAAUUCAACAUCUCUGGAGCUCUUCUCAGAAAGGGAGCUGCUUAUCUCCACUUAGUGGUCAAUGGGUUGGCAGAGGGCAGACCCAGUCUAAGUAUUGGUGACAGAAUAGUUUUGAAGAAGGCGAGGAGUGAUGGUUUGGUCGUAGAGUACAUCAGUUCUGUGGCCGAGAUCAAUGAUGAGGAGGUGAGUUUGAGACUGAACUUUGAGUUUCAGAGAAACUACCUCGGAGAACCACUGGAUGUUGAAUUCUCCUACAACAGAAUUACCAUGAGGAGAUGUCACAAUGCACUGGCCCAGACUAAAGAUUUUGGUGACAUUCUUUUCCCAUCAGCUGUGACUCUCCAGACCCCUCAGUGGUCCGGAAAGUGGAUAGAUGAGACGGACCAAAACAAACCUGGAGAGGACAUCAAGCAGGCUUCAGGGUUGGACAAUGAAAAUGUCUUAAGCGUUUCCAUUGACAUGAAGUCAAAGGCCACACAGACUAAAGAUAGUAGACCACAAUGUAAGCCCAUUCCCAGCAGAGGAAACUUCUUCAACCCUGAGCUGAACCCUUCUCAGAGAGAGGCAGUGAAGAGGAUUCUGGAAGGAGAAUGUCGGCCCACUCCUUAUGUUCUCUUUGGACCUCCAGGCACUGGAAAGACCAUUACUCUCAUUGAGGCUAUUCUACAGGUUUACCACUACGUACCCAGCAGCCGGGUCCUUGUUUGUACACCAUCCAACAGUGCUGCAGACCUCAUAUGUGUACGACUACAUGACAGUGGCUUCCUGGACUGUGGCAGUCUGGCACGCGUGAACGCAUCCUGCCGCCAUAUUGAGUCCAUCCCAGAUGUGCUUCAACGGUAUUCCAGGGCAGGAGAGGACAUUCGUCAGGCAUCUUUUCACAGGAUCGUGGUCAGCACGUGCAGCAGUGCUGGCAUGUUUCAUAAUCUUGGAAUCCACGUGGGACAUUUUACCCAUGUGUUCUUGGAUGAAGCUGGCCAGGCCACGGAGCCAGAGUCUCUAAUCCCUAUUAGCCUGGUAUCAGAGAAACAUGGACAGAUUGUGUUGGCUGGAGACCCCUGUCAGUUGGGUCCUGUCAUUAAGUCCAAGGUUGCUGUUGCCUUUGGUCUGGGUGUGUCUUUGUUAGAGAGGCUGAUGGCCAGUCCUCUGUACAGCAGACAUGACUGGGGAUACAACCCUAAACUGGUGACUAAACUGAAUUACAACUACCGUUCCCAUGAGGCCUUGCUAAAGCUUCCAUCCAAGCUUUUUUACCAGGAAGAACUGUACUGUAAAGCUCCCAGUGCUGUGGUGGAGUCACUGUGCCUGUGGAAAAAACUCCCCCAAAAAGGCCUCCCACUUCUCUUUCAUGGCGUCAGGGGAACAGAGAUGAGGGAGGGCAACAAUCCGUCCUGGUUCAACCCAGUUGGCUACUGCUGUCAACUGGCCAAGAAACUCCACCGUCCCGUGAAUGCCUCUGACAUUGGAAUCAUUGCCCCUUACAAGAAACAAUGUGAGAAGAUUCGAAUGCUUCUGGUAAAAGUGGGUCUGUCUGAUAUCAAAGUGGGGUCGGUGGAAGAGUUCCAGGGACAGGAGUUUCUGGUCAUCAUCAUGUCUACAGUGCGCUCAAAUGAGUCGAUGCAGAAUGAGGAUUUACAGAGUUCACUCGGUUUUCUUGCCAACCCAAAACGUUUCAAUGUGGCAAUCACUCGUUCAAAAGCCCUGCUCCUCAUUGUUGGAAAUCCACACAUUCUGGUUAAGGAUUUGUGCUUCAGGGCUCUGCUGCAGUACUGUUUUAUUAACGGAGCGUAUCUGGGCUGUGAUCCCCCUCCACUGCUAAGAGAAUCACAGAUAGCUGAAGAGGAUGAAAGAAGUAAUUGAAGACAGUAAUUAACAUAAAGUUGGUGUGCUUUCUGUAAAAUUUCUCAGGAAAUAUAAAUAAAUAAAUGUUUGUACUUCA